GCGGCGCGCAAUUCACCGCAAAGGAGUUAACCAUUCGCCCCGAACGCGCAGACUACGUAUAUUACUACAGUGGUCUCCACCUAAAACGGACGCGCAAGAUCACCAUGGCGAACCAUUACUAUUUCGACAUUAAACUUAAACUUCGGGAUCCGGAUGCGGUAGUUUUGACCCCAGCCCUGUUUCGAAGCUGCGUUCUUGACGCCCUGGACAGUUUCUUCUGCGAAGAGAAGCCCACACUGGAGAUCGUUAAGUUUUGCGCCCAGCAACAUCGCGUUGUAUUUCGAGUGCCAGAGGAACUGCAUGAUAUAAUACGCAAGUCCAUUUCUCUUAUUGGUCACUACCAGCAAAUGCCCUGUCAUUUUGAGAUAUUGGAGACCUCUAAAUCAUCGCUAGACUUUGAGAAAAGCAUUGAAAAGACUUUCUCAGGGCUGCCAAAUUUUGAGGAUUAGCGAUAUGGCAUAUGCAAUUUCAUUCGUUGUUCAAUUAUAGAACUAUAUAUAUUGUAACCGUCACUAGAAAUUUGAAUUUCAAUUAUAACUGAUUUUACUGUGAUCCGAUUUUAUUGCCAUUCACAAGGAACCUGAAUGCCAUCAGGGUUGGUGGUAACCAUGAGCAUAAGAAGCUACAAAAGCACAAAUAGGGUAAACCAUUUCAAUAAC